UGCGCGCAGCCAGGGCGGCGGGUUAGUUGGACGCGCGGAGGAAAGGCAGUCGUCGGUCUCAUGAGGGACAAGGAGCACCUGCUGGCGCGGCCGUCGUCGCCGUCGCCGCCCUGCAACAACCACUCGUCGCCGUCGCACAAAAAGCCCAUCCGCCUGCGCAACCUCCUCAACCAGACUGAGACCUUCGACCUUCUCAACCAGCAAGUCGUAGAGCCGACGCAAUGUUCGGAGAAGACGUGCAUGGGGAGCAUCAUGGCGAUUCCUGGCCGUUCGGCGUUGAAUCCUCGCAACAAGGAGGAAGUCCUGCGGCUGGCCAGGGAUUUUAUGGAUCAAUACUUCGCCUCCAUCCGCAGGCUAAACAGCGCGGCGCAUCAGUCCCGGUGGGCUCAGGUGUGCAAGGAAGUGGACGAGUCGGGCACCUAUCAGCUGACAAACACCGAGCUCGUCUACGGCGCCAAACUCGCCUGGAGGAACUCGUCGCGCUGCAUCGGACGCAUCCAGUGGUCCAAACUACAGGUGUUCGACUGUCGCGGCGUCACCACGGCCGGCGGCAUGUUCGAGGCCAUCUGCAACCACAUCAAGUACAGCACCAACAAGGGCAACAUCAGGUCGGCGAUUACGAUUUUCCCGCAGCGGACGGACGGCAAGCACGACUACCGCGUGUGGAACAUGCAACUCAUCUCGUACGCGGGCUACAAGGAGAUGGACGGCAGCAUCACCGGCGACCCUUUGACCGUCGAGUUCACCGAGGUGUGCACCAAGCUCGGCUGGAAGGGAAAACACACCCGCUUCGACGUCCUGCCGCUCGUGCUCUCCGCCAACGGACACGACCCUGAGUACUUCGACAUCCCGCCCGACCUCAUCAUGGAGGUGCCGCUUACACACCCUACUUACGAUUGGUUUGAGGAGAUGGGUCUGCGGUGGUACUGCGUGCCGGCGGUGUCAGGAAUGUUGUUCGACUGCGGCGGCCUCGAGUUCACCGCGUGUCCCUUCAACGGCUGGUACAUGGGCACCGAGAUCGGCUGCCGUGACCUCUGCGACUCCAACCGGUACAAUAUUGCCGAGGCUGUGGCGACGCAGAUGGGUUUGGACACGCGGACGCCGGUGACGCUGUGGAAGGACCGGGCGCUGGUGGAGGUGAACGUGGCCGUGCUGCACAGCUUCCAGCUGCACAACGCGACGAUCGUGGACCACCACACGGCGUCGGAGAGCUUCCUCAAGCACAUGGACAACGAGCAGCGGCUGCGGCGCGGCUGUCCGGCCGACUGGGUGUGGAUCGUGCCGCCGAUGUCCGGCUCCAUCACGCCCGUCUUCCACCAGGAGAUGGCCCUCUACUACCUCAAGCCCUCCUACGAAUACCAGGAGCCGGCGUGGAAGACGCACGUGUGGAAAAAGGGGCGUGACACAAGCAAAGGCUCCAAGAGCAAGCCAAGUCGCAAGUUCCACUUCAAGCAGAUCGCCAGGGCGGUGAAAUUUACGUCAAAGCUGUUCGGACGUGCCCUCUCGCGGCGUAUCAAGGCAACUGUAUUGUACGCAACGGAGACCGGACGCUCCGAAAUGUACGCCAAGAAGCUGGGCGAGAUUUUCGGACACGCCUUCAACGCUCAGGUUUACUGCAUGCAGGACUACGACAUGAGCAGCGUCGAGCACGAGGCCCUGCUGCUGGUGGUCACCUCGACCUUUGGAAACGGUGAUCCACCUGAAAACGGAGAAGCGUUCGCGCAGAACUUGUACGCCAUCAAAAUGGACGAGGCCACGGCCACCGGUGACGCAGACAAUAUCAGAAUGGGGACAUCCAAGUCGUUUAUCAAGGCCAACAGCCAGGUUGACACGGAGAAGGUGGUGGAGAAGCGGCCCCUCGACCGCCUCGAUAGCCUCCGCGGUUCUGUCAGUGACGUCAUGUCCGAGGACAACUUCGGACCUUUGAACAACGUCAGAUUUUCGGUGUUUGCGUUGGGCUCGAGUGCGUACCCGAAUUACUGCGCGUUCGGCAAGUACGUGGACAACCUGCUUGGCGAGCUGGGCGGCGAGCGGAUGAUGAAGCUGGCGUGCGGCGACGAGCUGUGCGGCCAGGAGCAGGCCUUCAGAGACUGGGCGCGCGAGGUGUUCACCGUGGCGUGCGAGACGUUCUGCCUGGACGACGACGCGUCGUUGAGCGAGGCGACCAAGGCGCUGCGCUCGGAGAACCUGAGUCCGGCGGCGGUGCGAUUUGCAGAAGUGCCGGCCGCCGAAUCUCUCGUCGCUGGUUUGACUGGUGCCCACAACAAAAAGGUGAACGCCUGCAAGGUGCUGGCCAAGACCAAUUUGCAUGGCGAACACUCACCAAGGGCAACGAUGCUGUUGGAGCUGGCUUGUCCGAUCAACAUCUCUUACCAGCCUGGGGACCAUGUUGGUGUCUUUCCCUGCAAUCGACCCGAUUUGGUCAACGGGCUGCUUGAGCGGCUGCGUCCGCCAAACGCAAAACCCGACUGGUCCGAGAAACCAGUCCAAUUGCAGACCCUCAGCGAGAAGGCGACACCUAAUGGGCUGUUGAAGAGUUGGGACCCGCAUCCGAAGCUGCCUGCGACCUCGUUGCGCGAGCUCUUCUCGCGCUACCUGGACAUCACGACGCCGCCAGGGCCGUCGGUGCUGCGGCUGCUGGCCGGCGCCGCGCGCGACCCUGACGAGAAGCAGCAGCUGGACAAACUGGCCGCUGCAGGCCUAGGAAUAGAGCCUGGCGCGUACGAAGACUGGCGCCACUGGCGGUACCCGCACCUCCUGGAGGUGCUCGAGCAGUUUGUCUCGUGCCAGCCGGACGCGGCGGUGCUCGCCUCGCAACUGAGCCCCCUGCAGCCGCGGUUCUACUCCAUCUCCAGCUCGCCGCGCGUCCACCCCGGCGCCAUCCACAUCACCGUCGCCGUCGUCUCCUACAAGGCCCAGGGUGGUGGAGGCCCGAUGCAUUACGGAGUGUGUUCCAACUACUUGAAAGACUGUUCGCCAGGCGAGCUGCUGCACGUGUUCGUCCGAAGCGCGCCAGGCUUCCACAUGCCGGAGGACCCGAUGCGUCCGAUCAUCAUGGUGGGCCCUGGCACGGGCAUCGCGCCCUUCCGCGGCUUCUGGGAGCACCGCAGGGCCGAACUGGAGAAGACCAGCAAGGCCGGCAACAUGUGGCUCUUCUUCGGCUGCAGGAACAAGGAACUCGAUUUGUACGCCGGAGAGAAGCAGGACAUGCUCGCCGCCAACGUCCUCCAAAGGGUCUUCCUCGCACUCUCCAGGGAGACCACCAUUCCAAAGACGUACGUGCAGGAUUUGAUUCGGACAGAGGGUGCUGCCAUCUACAAGCAGAUCGUGGUGCAGAAGGGCCACUUUUACGUGUGCGGCGACUGCACCAUGGCCGAGCACGUUUACCGGACCCUGAAGGAGAUCAUCAGGGUGCACGGUGGCAUGAGUGACAGCGCUGUUGAAACCUACAUGUUGCUAUUAAGGGACGAAAACCGCUACCACGAGGACAUUUUCGGGAUCACCCUGCGGACGGCCGAGGUACACAACAAGUCACGCGAGUCGGCACGCAUGCGGAUGGCCUCGCAACCCUAGAAGACCUGACCAUGAGACACCCUGACGCGAUUUGUGACACCAAACCUAAGGAAAAAUUCCCCGCAAUGGCUCUAAAACCGAUAAAAUUGAACACGUCAUUUCCGAAGAAUCGAUUAAAUAUGAAAAUUGACCAAAUAAAAUUAUAAAAAAUACAGAAUUCACGGUUGAAUCUGCAUAAUAUACAAUAAACAAUUAAUCUGUACUAAAUUAUUCUUUCAGUCAUGCAAUUUCGGAAAUAUUCUUCAUUGUGAUAAUGAAUUUUGCGUUAAAUCCCUAAAAAAUAAUAAUUUUUCCUGCUGUAGCACGUGUGGAAAUCGAUUAUGUGAGUAAGACACGCGUGUUUUGGAAUCAAAAGCCAGAUAUCGAGUAAUUAUAUUGUACCGUAGUCGACUUAUAGCUGAAAAUAAUCAAUAUCCCACUUCAUAUCAUUACCAUUUUGACUCGCAACAAAUUCUCUUCGAUCGCCGCUGACGCUACGAAAAUACGGCUCUAUGCCGCAAUUAAUAAUUAUUGUAAUCCAGACUUAUGUAUUAAUAAAGUUAGCAAUUCUCUGCGCAAGACCAA